AUACAUUACCUGGAUGAGCUUACUGGGUUCAGUGGUGUUGGCCCAGGGUGCAGGGAUCUUGUUGCCAGGCCACAUGACAGGGACACCCUGAGCUGAUGGAUGAUGGUAGAAAACGAUGACCUGCGGUUGGGAGAGCGCGUUAAAACCUUACUCUGCUCCAAGAUGAAUUGACAACUGGAAAAAUGCAACCUGGUAUGGGAUAACAUGAUGCCAACUUCAGCUAUGUACGGACCAUGAAUGAAGAAGAUCUCAAGUCCCGGGUCGCCUGGUUUGGAGGAGACCCUGAGGUCGAAGUAGCGAAUUCCUGCAUCCAGUUGCUCCUUAAACGUCAGAUUCUGUGGAAAUACACCGGCUUAUCAACAGUGUAAACCUUCCACGCAAAAAUGAUGCAACGUCUACCUGUGUCAUGGACCACUUCACCAUCACCUUCUUGGCUAAAACACUGAACAUGGUGGCCAGGUACUUGACGUAGACCUUUUGAUCAGGACCUACUGGAGCAUGCACGUCCACCCACAGGCUUGCUAUGACGGACUUCUAACCAGUUGUUACCCACACCAGUCCUUCACAUGGGACUCCCACCUCACUCCGCUAUCCAAGAUGAAUUUUGAAGCUUUGCCACAUUAAAACAACUUCCCUGGAAAAGCACAGAUGAGUCAAGACUAUUUUGCCGAGUCGUUGAAGCAGAUGAAAGCAUCGUGAGCCAUGAUGAACCGCUACACUACACUGAAGCAGCUGGGUGACGGCACCUACGGCAGCGUGCUGAUGGGGAGAAGCAACGAGUCUGGGGAGCUGGUGGCUAUUAAACGAAUGAAGAGGAAAUUCUAUUCAUGGGAUGAAUGCAUGAACCUAAGAGAGGUGAAGUCGCUGAAGAAGCUGAACCACGCAAAUGUUGUCAAACUGAAGGAAGUUAUCAGAGAGAACGAUCACCUGUACUUUGUUUUUGAAUACAUGAAGGAAAACCUCUAUCAACUCAUGAAGGACAGAGAGAAUAAGAUGUUCUCAGAGAAUGAAAUUAGGAACAUCAUGUUCCAAGUGUUAUCUGGCUUGGCUUUUGUACAUAAGCACGGUUUCUUCCAUCGAGACAUGAAGCCAGAAAAUCUCUUAUGCAUGGGCCCAGAACUGGUCAAAAUAGCAGACUUUGGUCUGGCCAGGGAGAUCCGCUCCAAACCUCCCUACACCGACUAUGUCUCGACAAGAUGGUACCGAGCACCCGAGGUUCUGCUCAGGUCAUCGACUUACAGCUCUCCCAUCGACUUGUGGGCUGUCGGAUGCAUCAUGGCCGAACUCUACACUCUCAGGCCUCUUUUCCCUGGAAACAGUGAAGUGGAUGAGAUCUUUAAGAUCUGUCAGGUUCUUGGCACUGUCAAGAAGCUGGACUGGUCGGAGGGAUACCACCUGGCUUCAGCCAUGAACUUUCGCUUCCCCCAGUGUGUGCCAACCCCCCUAAGGACGCUCAUCCCCAAUGCCAGCAGUGAGGCGAUCACUCUCAUGAAGGACCUCCUUCAGUGGGACCCUAAAAAAAGACCGACUGCAGUACAGGCCCUACGUUACCCGUACUUCCAGGUCGGGCAGGUUUUAGGUCCUCGUCCUCACAGCCAAGAAACCAAGAAGGUCCAACCCAGACAGAUAAUCCAGAAGCAGGUCUCGGAACCUAAAGUGGAUCACACUUCUGAUACCAAAGCCUCUAAAUCCUCCCCAAGAAACCUCCAGCAGCAUCAGCCUCUUAAGCAGAUCGCCGUGCCUCAAUCUGAGAGCAAACAAGGAGGCCUCGGCCAUGUCAAGAAACAGGUUGGCAAUGAGAACAGCACUAGUGGAACAGGGAUGGUGAAAAACGGCAGACGGCGUUGGGGCCAGACGGUGACCAAGACCUUAGAUAGCUGGGAUGAUUCCGAUCCGUUAGACACUGCUGCUUCUCACUCCAAGAAACCCAGCUUGGGGAAUUCUGAGGAGGAGAGGAACUCCAAGGAACCUCGGCCACAGGCUGUGGAGCAGAAACCUCUUUAUUCCUUUAGCACCAUCACCAAACUACCUAGCAAUGUUAAGGCUGGUCCAGUAGAUCCUCAUCUACCAGGAUCUGCAGCACGGCAGCAUUAUCUCAGCCAGUCAAGAUACCUGCCAGGUUUUAUCGGCAAGACGUCAGGUGAAAAGGAGUGGACUGGCAUGACGUUACGGGACCUGUGGGAGAACUCCAACACUAUAAAUAAACCUCUCGCUCCGAUUGGAGCAGGAUUAUCUGCCCCCAGAGCUCACCCAGAAGCCUCUGUGGAAAACACACCAGAGAAAACCGUUUUUAAGGAGAAAAUACGGGAAAAAAUUGAUGUUUCCAAAGGACAUUUUGUGAGCACCAAGUAUAACCUGUCCGCUGGCUACAUCCCUUCGUUUCAAAAGAGAGAGGUGGGCUCCGUGGGACAGAGGAUCCAGCUCGCGCCUAUCGCCGGCCAUCACACAGUCAAUCCUUCCGCUUCUCCUGAAAUUAAAAAAGACAAAACAAAACACGCAAAGCCCAAGUCCAUCUCAUCUUUGAGUGAAACGAAUGAAGAUUACGAGGGAUGGAAGAGGAGGACAGAUGUCAGAAGUCAAGUGGUGAAAGGGAGUAGCUACUCAGCUCUGGGAAAAACCUCCGGGAAUCUCAUUUCCAGAGCUCCCGCCGUCCAGCCGGUCCAUGGUAGAGUGGACUGGACUUCCAAGUAUGGUGGAAAUCGGUAGAAUUACGCUUGACAGAUAAGAUCCAAUACGCUUCAGGUAGGAACCAGUAAAAGGCCAGCUGCUGAGUAUUUUUGAAGGCCCCCAAAAUGAGAGCCAAUUCUGCUAUAAUUUAGAUAAUUUAGCUUGAAUUACAUUGCAGCAACCAGCAUAGUUUAUAAUACAAUUUAUACACCUUAUGCUAUGUUUUUGUAAAUGUUUUAUACAAAUAAAGGUUUAUAAUAC